CCUCGGCCCCGGACCCCCGAGGCGCUCGGCCUUCCCAGCGGCCAGCCUCAGGCCCGCCACUAUCCCAGGAUUCCCGGCGCCCGGCUUCCUGCCCGGCUUCCCUCCCAGCGCCGGCGCCCGGGGAGCGCCAAGAUGGCGGACGGCGACGGGCCGGGUGUUGCCGCCGCGGCCGCGGCCUCUCCUCAGGCACCCGCUCCCGGCCCGAGCCCGCCGCCGGGCUGGAGGGAGCGGCUGCGGGCCGGGCUGAUGGGGACGUGGGCCUCGCUGUGGUUCGUGGUGGGGCUGGGGCUGCUUUACGCUCUGAGGGUCCCGCUGAGGCUGUGUGAGAAUGUGGCCGCGGUGACAGUAUUUUUAAAUUCACUGACGUCCAAAUUCUAUGUGGCACUUACAGGGACAUGUUCUUUGAUAUCAGGACUAAUAUUUAUAUUUGAAUGGUGGUACUUCCAUAAACAUGGUACAUCUUUUAUUGAGCAAGUGUCGGUAAACCAUUUGCGACCAUUGAUGGGAGGAACAGAAAGAAGCAUGUCAGAGCCAGCUUCUCUUUCCAACAGCAGAGAAAGUGAAAACAGCAGACAGAAUGUGUCAGAAUGCAAGGUAUGGAGAAACCCUCUAAACCUUUUCAGAGGAGCAGAAUAUAGGAGACUCACUUGGGUGACUGGUAAAGAGCCACUUACAUACUAUGACAUGAAUUUGUCAGCUCAGGACCAUCAGACCUUUUUCACCUGUGACACAGACUUUUUACGUCCUUCAGACACAGUUAUGCAGAAGGCAUGGAGGGAAAGAAAUCCUUUAUCUCGAAUUAAAGCAGCCUACCAAGCUUUAGAAUUAAACAAUGACUGUGCCUCUGCAUAUAUUCUACUGGCUGAGGAAGAAGCAACAACUAUUGUUGAUGUUGAAAAGUUAUUUAAGCAGGCACUCAAGGCAGGAGAAACGAUUUAUAGGCGGUCGCAGCAGUGUCAGCACCAAAGUCCUCAGCAUGAAGCCCAACUGAGGAGAGAUACCAAUGUACUGGCUUAUAUUAAAAGAAGAUUGGCAAUGUGUGCAAGAAAAUUAGGAAGAAUAAGAGAAGCAGUAAAAAUAAUGAGAGAUUUGAUGAAAGAAUUUCCUCCUCUUACCAUGUGGAACAUCCAUGAAAAUCUCCUAGAAUCACUUUUAGAAUUACAGGCCUAUGCAGAUGUUCAGGCAGUCCUAGCAAAAUAUGAUGAUAUAAGCCUUCCAAAGUCAGCAGCAAUCUGUUACACAGCAGCACUGUUGAAGACAAGGACUGUUUCAGAUAAAUUCUCUCCAGAAACAGCCUCCAGACGAGGUUUAAGCACAGCGGAAAUUAAUGCUGUGGAAGCAAUUCAUAGAGCUGUGGAAUUUAAUCCUCAUGUUCCAAAAUACUUACUAGAGAUGAAAAGUCUAAUUUUACCUCCAGAACACAUUCAGAAACGGGGUGAUAGUGAAGCAGUUGCCUAUGCUUUCUUUCAUCUUCAGCACUGGAAGCGAAUAGAAGGUGCUCUUAAUCUGUUACAGUGCACAUGGGAAGGCACUUUUAGAAUGAUUCCAUAUCCAUUAGAGAAAGGCCAUCUAUUUCACCCUUAUCCCAGCUGCACAGAGACGGCUGAUAAGGAGCUAUUACCUACCUUUCAUCAAGUAUCUGUUUACCCAAAGAAGGAGCUUCCUUUUUUCAUCUAUUUCACAGCAGGACUGUGUUCUUCUACAGCAAUGAUAGCUCUUCUCACACACCAGUUUCCUGAAAUCAUGGGUGUUUUUGCUAAAGCUGUGCCCUGGUGUUUACUGACAUAGAUGAAGAUGCUGUGUGUCUCUGUAGGGGACUGAACCAUUGACAGUCUAGGCACAUGCAGUCACCUCACAUUAUUUAAGUCCUGAUCUCAGCAUUCUAAUUUCUCUGUAUUCCCCAGUGUAUAUAAUAUGUACUUGCUUGAAAUUCCUUAUAUAUUGCUUGCACAUUCUUCUAAGUUUCAGCAUAAACCAGUUCCUUCUAUUUAGAAUGUGUCUCUGACUGCCCUCAACCUGUCCAUACCGUAUCUUUUAAAAAUCCAACUCAGAAGCCAUCUCUUGUAGAAAGCCUGAUUAGGAUCAUUCUCCUGAUGCCUGUAUUCUGAGACUUCUCAGUCGGUUACUUAAACUGUUUCUUUGUAAUUAUUGCUUCAAUACACUGCCGCCUGGCAGCAUGAUGAUUCUGGGACUGAUGCUCCUCCAUCCCAUUUUCGUUGUUUAUUAUACACAAGCAUUUUGAAGUCCUACUGACGACCUUUUCAGGUUCCCCUGAGCUUUAGUCCACUUUCCGUACCCUUUCCCCUUCCCUUUCCCUCAUAGCUACAUUCCUGGAGACUCAGGCUUGGCCUCCACCUCAGCAUGUGUGUGGCAGCCUGCUGGAGAGGUCCCUACAGUUGGGGAGGAUUUAACCCUUUGGUUUGACAUUCUCUGUCUUCUACUCAGACACCUUCUGGAAGCAGAUGUGAAGCCAGGAGUAGGUCUGAGGUGGGAGUGGGGAAAUUUCUACUGAAAGACAAGUUAGCUCUUUCCUUCCUUUUUACACACAACCUAUGAAGCUGCUGUCGGCAGCAGCUCACCCGACACUCUCCUGCUCUGCCUCUCUUCCAGGAGUCAGGGUUAGUUUAAGAAAAAGCCUCUUGCUAUAAGCCAUGACCUCGUACUUUUAUCCCCUCCAUCUGGUGUGUGGCCUCAUGGGGCUGUGCUGCUAUGCAGGAGGUGAGCAAUGGAAUUCUUUAGAUGAUGACUUCUGAGCCCACAUGCGGAGGCAGGGGGGGGCGGGUGGAAAGCAGGGAGAGCAGUGAGAGCCAAGAUCGAUGUACCAAAAAGUCAGGUUUGCUCUGGGAGAAAUCCUGCCUAUAGGUAGACUGUUUUCAUGCGGUCUCCCU